CUCUCUAUUUCCAUUCCUUCGCUUCCUCUGCAUUACUCUUUCGUUCUUCAAUUCUCUAUUCCAUCCCAGGAGCUUCCAGUUGACAAACCUUGAUUAAAAACCCUAACCUAUCGCAUCAGAAUUUUAGUUUGCUAAUGUGAUUUAUUUUCUUCUUCUAUGAGUGUUUUCGCACUCACCGAUUUACAUUCCCACCUCAAACUUUGAAAGAAGCUCGAUCAAUGGCGGAAAGGAGAUUCCGGGUAGGAUAUGCGCUCGCACAUAAGAAGCAACGGAGCUUUAUACAAAACUCAUUGGUGAGCCUCGCAGAAUCUCGAGGCAUAGACCUUGUUCGGGUCGAUGCGGACCGGCCGCUGGUGGAUCAGGGCCCCUUCGAUUGUGUUCUUCACAAAUUGUACGGUGACGAUUGGAAGGCUCAGCUGCGGGAUUUUGAGCGGAAAUACCCAAAUGCGGUCAUCCUCGACUCGCCUGACGCGAUUGAGAGACUGCACAAUCGUAUUUCCAUGCUGCAGGUGGUGUCGGAGUUGAAGAUUGAGGGCCAGAAUGAGACCUUCGGGAUUCCUAAGCAGAUUGUCAUAUACGACAAGGAAACUCUACUUGAUCGGCUUGCGUGGGAGAGUUUGAGGUUUCCGGUAAUUGCGAAGCCUUUGGUGGCAGAUGGGAGCGCCAAAUCGCAUAAAAUGGCGCUUGUUUACAACCACGAUGCCUUGAACAAGCUGAAGCCGCCGAUUGUAUUGCAGGAGUUUGUGAACCAUGGUGGUGUCAUUUUUAAGGUGUACGUGGUUGGCAAUCAUGUAAGAUGCGUCAAGAGGAAGUCUUUGCCAGAUGUUGAGGACAAGCUUGAUUUUUCAAAGGACUUGUUGUCGUUCUCUCAGAUUUCGAAUUUAGCCGCCAACGAGAGGAUUGAUGAUAAGUACUAUGAGAUGAUGCAUUUGGGUGACACAGAGAUGCCCCCGCAGAGCUUCCUUACCGACAUAGCUCGAGGUUUAAGGCAUGCGUUGAAGUUGAACCUUUUCAACUUUGAUGUGAUUCGGGAUUCGAGAUUCGGAAAUCGGUACCUUAUUGUCGACAUUAAUUACUUUCCGGGGUAUGCCAAAAUGCCGAAUUACGAGUCUGUAUUGACAGACUUCUUCUGUGAUGCAAUGUGCAAGAAACAAAAAGAACAAAUGGUAAAGGGUCCGGAUGAGAAAGUUAGCCCGGAGAUUACUGUUUUGGAUCAGCGUCAGAUGCAUAGUUAUGGCGAAGAUAUGAGAAAAAUUGUUAGCAACACUUGUAGUGAUGAGGAUGAGGGAAGCCUUCCAGUUUCACCUUUCAGUAUGGAGGAGAAAGAGAAUUCUGUCCAAGUCUGAUGCUUUGUGUCAAACACUGUGUAUCUCAUUCUAUCAUUAUCAUUGGUGGUUUUGGGCAACCAGAAUUUGCUUAAUGGACCCAUGCCCCGAUUUAUGGAUAGACGAGAGUUGCACAUUCUGUUUAAAUAGCCAUUGGUACGGUGGUGAAAUUAGUUGGUUGUUUGUGCCUAGUUUAACCUCUUAACAUGUAUAUUCCAUCCACCAUUGCUCUGGAGAUAGGUACUUCUCUAUUACCCUGAAGGUCUAGGAAAGUCGUACUUCGAGGCUGAACUUGCAGGAAAAAAAUGUUUUACUUCUU